AUGGAAGAAAUUUUAAAAUCAUUUAAAAUUUCAAUUGAUAAUGAAGGAUAUUCUAAAUCAUUUUCAUUAGAGGAUUUAGAUAACUUUAAUAAUAAUAAUAAUAAUAAUAAUAAUAAUAAUAAUAAUGAAGAAAAUAAUCCUUAUGAAUUUUUUGAAAGAUAUGGAUUUUUAGUAAUAAGAAAUGUAAUAAGUGAAGAAGAUUGUAAUAAAACAGUUGGUGAAAUAUUUGAUAUAAUAGAAAGUAAAGUUAAAACAUUUGAUAGAAAUGACCAAAGUACAUGGGAUCAAACAUUUUCAGAAGAUGGUUCGUCAAUACCACAGUAUGGAUCACCAAGUAAACCACCAAUAUUUAAAAAACAAUUUUUAAUGAAUCGUACCAAUCCAAAUGUUUAUAAAGUAUUUUCUAAAUUAUUAAAGAAUCAAGAUUUAAUGGUAAACCAUGACAGGGCAUGUUUCUUUAGACCAACAUUGGUGAACCCAAAAUGGAAGACAAAUGACAAUGUUCAUUUAGAUAUGAAUCCAUACAAUUGGAUGGGUAAUGGCGACAUUUGUAGAGAGGAAUUGAGUAAAUUGACAUACGCAAGAUUGGGUGAAUUCAUUGUGGAGAAUAACCAACCCACCCAAAAUGACGGUUUGCAAUUACAAGGUGUGAUAAACCUGUUGGAUAACCAAGAACUUGAUGGGGGCUAUUGUGUGACACCAGGGUUUCACACUAUAUUCAACGAAUAUUUUACAUCGAAAAAACCACAAUACACAAGUCCAAGUUGGAAUUUCGAUAAAAAAGAUAUCGCAUUUAAAUAUGCCAAAAGAAUAUCAAUGAGAAAGGGAAGUAUAGUAGUUUGGAAUCAACAAAUGCCACAUGGUAGUAUGUCAAAUAAAAGUUUCAAUCCAAGAAUGGCCCAAUUUAUAAAGAUAUUUCCAACCAGUACCGUCAAUUCAGUCCGUUAUCAACAUCGUAAAAAUCAAAUUAAAUCAAUAAUUGAAAAUUCAGAUGAACUUAAAGAUUUCCCAUUAAAUCAAAUUUCAUCACAAUUAUUGGAGUCAAUAAAAAGAGAGAGAGAUAGGAGUGAUCAAUUCAAAAUUACAAUCAUAACGGAUCAAAAUAAUAAUUCUAGUUUGGGUGGGAGGGUGUUAAAUUCACCUCUAUCAAAUUUGAAUAGCGAACAAAAUAAUAAUAAUAAUAAUAUAGAUAAUAUUAGUAAUAAUAAUAAUAGCGCCAUUGUAAAUAACAAUAUUGAAGAUAGAGUAGAACAGCGAGUUGAAGAACAACAAGGUGAAGAAGAAGAAGAAGAAGAAACUAAUCAUCCAAUAUCAGAUAGACCACAUAAAAAACAAAGAUUAAAUAUAAAAUUCAAUAUGCCUCUAGAUAAUAAAGUACAAUUAAAUGAGAAUGGAAAAGAAGUAAAUAAUAAUAAUAAUAAUGAUGAAGAUUUAAAAAUUCAAGAUAAUCAUAAUAAUAAAGAACCAUUCUUUAAUAGAAGUGAAUUAGUUAGACUUUUAAUACAAUCAUUAAAUAGUUUAGGUUAUGAUAAAUCAGCAGAAUUUUUAGAAAAAGAUAGUGGAAUAUCAUUACAAUCAAAAGAAAUUAAUCAAUUUUCAGAAUGUGUAGUUAGUGGUGAUUGGAAUAAAGUUGAGGAAUUAUUACCAUUUUUAAAAUUAAAUGAAUUUGACACAAAUAAUGUAAAAUUUUUAGUAUAUAGUCAAAAAUUUUUAGAAUAUUUAGAAAAUCAUAAAAUAAAAGAAGCAUUAGAAUGUUUAAGAUUAGAGAUAACACCUUAUACAAAGGAUACGAGUAGAUUACAGGUAUUAACAUCAUUGAUAAUGACAUCGAAUUCAAGUGAAACAAAGAAACAAAUCAAACAGAGAUCAUCACGUGUAAACCUAUUGGAUGAUAUUAGAAAAUAUGUGAAUCCAAAUAUAAUGUUACCAGAGAAUCGUUUAGAACAAUUGAUUAAACAAUCGAUUCAAUAUCAAAUGGGUAAAUGUCUUUAUCACAAUACAUCCGAGCAAUUUAUUAAUCUAUUUAAAGAUCAUACAUGUGAUAAGAGUCAAAUGCCAUUAGACGUUCUAUUCACAUUAAAAGAUAAACAUCGUGAUGAGAUUUGGUUCAUUACAUUCUCUCAUGAUGGUCAAAGAUUAGCAAGUAGCUCAAAGGAUAAUACAAUCAUCAUUUGGGAUAUGUCAACCAUCUAUUUGGAUCAACCUACUGAACCAAAGGUUAUGUUCAUUUUAUUAGGUCAUACUAAAGAGGUCUCUCAUUUAUCUUGGAGUCCAAAUGAUAAAUAUCUCCUAAGUGCUUCAAACGAUAGUACCGUUAAACUUUGGAACACAAAUGAUGGUACUUUACUAAAAACUUUUACAAAACAUUCCGACGCUGUAACUUGUUGUGGUUGGCAUCCUGAUAAUAAAAGAUUUGUUUCAGGUGGUAAUGAUAAAAAUAUUUAUUUAUGGUCAAUUGAAAAUUUAGAUUUAACGAACAGUAAUAAUAAUAAUAAUAAUCACAAUAAUAAUAAUAGUAAUAUAAAUGGUAAUAGUAUUAAUGGUAGUAAUAAUAAUGGUAAUAAUAAUAAUAAUAUUUCACCAAUUAAAUCAUGGGCAUGUGCAAGAGUAAAUGAUUUAUCAAUUCAUAAAGAUGGUAAACAAUUAAUUAUAAUAUGUCAAGAGAAGAAAUUAAGAAUCUACGAUUUAGAGAAUGAAAAAACACCAGAGGUUGUUUUAAUGGAAACCGAUGCAAUAACCUCAAUGGAACUAUCAAAUGAUUGUAAUUUUGCAUUGGUUAAUACAUCGAAUCAAGAAAUUCAUCUUUGGGAUUUAGAGAAACAAAUUAUCGUUCAAAAAUAUAGAGGUCAUAAACAAGGUCGUUUUGUAAUUCGUUCUUGUUUUGGUGGUGUCGAUCAAGCUUUUGUAUUAAGUGGUUCUGAAGAUUCAACAAUCUAUAUUUGGCAUCGUUCAAGUGGUAUCCUAUUGGAAACUCUAUCUCGUCAUAGUGGUACCGUUAAUACUGUUUGUUGGUCACCUUGUAAUCCUUUUAUAUUUUGUUCAGCUUCUGAUGAUCAAACCAUUAAAGUUUGGUCAAGAUCAAAUAAUCAUAAUUCAUUUAUUAAUAAUUUAACAAAUAAAUAA